GUCACUCUUUUUCAUGCAGACUAUCCAUACUCUCUCUACGAGCAAGGCGGUUGGUUAAACGGCGACAGCAUAAUUUGGUAUCAGGAUUUCUGCCGUCUUUGUUUUGAACGCUUCGGAGAUUUGGUGAAAUACUGGAUUUCGUUCAAUGAAAUAUACGCACAUGCGUGGUGGGGAGUCGCGAAAAUCGAGGGACAACUGCAUCACUCUCCUGACACUGUUGAGUAUUCGAUACCAACAAGAAAAAUUCCCUACGUAGCAGCUCAUAAUAUGCUGCUUGCACAUGCUAAUGUCUACAGAAUGUACGUACGAGAGUUCAAGGAAACUCAACAAGGUCAACUGGGAAUCACUGUCGGUGGCAGGUGGUAUAAGACGUUCUCCAAGGAUCCGAAGGACAUUGAUGCUGUACGUCGUGCUCUCGACUGGACUUUUAACUGGACAGUGGCACCGAUUUUCGGAAACACUGGCGAUUAUCCAGAAUCUAUGAAGAAGGAUAUGCACGUAAUAGAGGAAAACAUUGGCUUUGAGCUGCUUCCUAGAUUCACGAAAGAAGAACGGGCAAAGUUGAAAGGUGCGCUUCCGUUGAGGGGACUAAAGGUAUGUGAUGGAGAAGGACCGUCUCAGUUGGAGAAAGACGCUCAUUACAAUUACUUGGAAGGUUCAUGGGAGAAGAUAUCCGGCGAUGGGAUGUGGCUCCGCUUUGCACCUGAAGGGCUGACGGAGCUUCUCGAAUACAUCAAAAACACUUAUAAUACUCCUGUUCUCAUAACAGAAAGCGGAUGUGCCGACAUAUUGGGAGAAAAGAGUGAAGGCGUCGAUCCUCUCAACGACGAACAUAGAAUUCGUUAUAUUAAGGGACACAUCGAGGCAGUCAGGGAAGGUAAGUCACCUUUAUGCUACAGCGAACGCUCGAUUACUUCCUAA